AUGGCACCAGCAGAAUCAUUAAGGAUACAAGAAGCCCAAAAGCUGGCAAAGACAGAUCCAAGAAAAGCAGAGGCAGAAUACAAGGACAUCAUCUCCAAACCACCUUCAGUAACAUCAGAAGCUUCUGUCCGAGAAUAUGAAACUGCGUUGGUGAGCUUGGGAGAAUUGUAUCGAGAUGAAAAAAAAGCAAAUGAGUUGGUAGAUCUGAUCACAACAAGCCGGACAGUAUUAUCAUCAUUCGCAAAAGCUAAAACAGCAAAGCUAGUGCGACAACUUCUGGAUCUAUUCAAUGCCAUUCCCAACACAACAGAUACCCAAAUUACCGUCACAAAAUCAUGCAUCGAAUGGGCCACAUCCGAACGUCGUGGCUUCCUAAGACAGAACCUCGAAACCCGUCUUGUCAGCCUUUACAUGAUCAAGCAAGACUACUACGAUGCUCUUACCCUCAUCAACAGCCUCCUCCGCGAGCUCAAGCGUCUCGAUGAUAAGCUUGUCCUCGUCGAAGUUCAACUUCUGGAAUCCCGCGUUUACCAUGCUUUAGGAAACACAGCCAAAGGACGCGCCGCACUUACCGCUGCCAGAACAAGCGCUGCAUCCGUGUAUACCCCCCCUCUUCUCCAAGCCGGCCUCGAUAUGCAAUCUGGAAAACUCCACGCCGAGGACAAAGACUUCAAUACCGCAUUCUCCUACUUUAUCGAAGCGUUAGAUGGAUACCACACACAAGAUGAGCCGGAGAAAGCCACUGCAGCACUUCAAUAUAUGCUUCUUUGCAAAAUUAUGCUCAACCUUGCCGACGAUGUCAACCAACUCAUGACCUCCAAACAAGCCAUCAAAUAUGCAGGCAAGAAUCUCGAAGCCAUGAAAGCCGUCGCUCGUGCCCACUCCAACCGUUCUCUAGAAGAAUACGAAAAGGCACUUGGCGAUUACCGUCAUGAACUCGGCUCUGAUGCCUUCAUCCGCAACCAUCUCCGUCGUCUCUACGAUGCCAUGUUGGAGCAGAAUCUAAUCAAAGUAAUCGAGCCCUUUUCACGCGUCGAAAUUGCCCAUAUUGCCAAGAUGGUCGGUCUUGAUACACAACAAGUGGAGAGAAAGCUAUCACAGAUGAUUCUCGACAAGGUGAUUAUUGGAGUAUUGGAUCAAGGAGCUGGAUGUCUGAUUAUUUACGAUGAGACGGAGAGAGAUGUAGGAUAUGAUGCUGCAUUGGCAACGAUCGAGAAAUUGAGCAGUGUGGUCGAUGUGCUUUAUACCAACCAAGCGAGUAUGCUUGAGUAG